AUGGAUGCACUAUUCUUUGAUGAAUUCAAAAUUAAUGUUGGAGAAGCUGCAGAGCUGGAUCCCAACAGUACAGUAGAGAAUCAAGAGCAAGAGAAUAAUAAUGAAGAAAGCAAUGAGACAUGGAAGCAAAAGAGAAAACAACAAGUUCAGCAUCCUGAUGUCAAACAAUAUGAGAAGAAAAAUCAGCCAAAGAAAGUUAUACUGAAACAAUUUACUCAUGUCCAGAAUGUCAAGAAGCUUGACUGCAAAAAUAAUCCCAAUAUUGACAUGCACUGCUGCGGGGAUGCCAACAAGCUUUUCACAUACUUUGUGAAGAAUUUCAAUCCAGACAAAUUUGUAGAGAUAUUUUACUGGGCGGAGCCAGUUCUUGACCUCAAUCAGUCAAAGGCAUUAGAGCAAUGGUAUAUCAAAUGUAAGUUAGCAGCUAGAAAUCAGCUUGGAAUAGUGAAAUCAACUGACUGA